UCCCGUCUUUGUCUUUGCAAGAUGUCUGUGAGAACUCUGCCUCUGGUUUUCAUUAAUCUUGGUGGCGAGAUGCUUUACAUACUGGAUCAACGCCUGCAAGCUCUCAACACAUCUGAGGACAAUUCAGAGAAAGUUAUGAAUGACAUUAUCGGGACCAUGUUUAGUAAAGACUUUAUGGACGAACUUCUCAAACCUCAGCAACUGUACUCUCACCGGACGCUGAAAACAGUCCUAACUCGGAUAGCGCACGCCUCCAUCAUGAGGCUGAACCCGGCCAGCAUGGACAGGCUCUACGAGCUGAUGGUUAUGGCAUUCAAAUAUCAGGUCUUCCUUUGCCCACGGCCUAAAGACUUGCUGCUCAUCACUUACAAUCACAUAGAUACCAUCAGGGAGUUUGUUAAAGACACUCCCGUGCUCGUGCACCAAGUCGACGAGACGCAUAGGAAGAUCAUUGAGGUAUACUCAUUUUUACCGGAAGGUGAAUUCCAGCUCCUUAGACAAACACUGCUCAUAUUUUUCCAAGACAUGCAUGUCCGCGUGUCACUUUUCCUCAAAAAUCAAGUGCAGAAUCCCAACGGACGCUUUGCUCUGCCGCCGUCAGGCCCGGUGCCUCAUGGGAUCGAAGUUCCCGGGCUCAUUAGGACGUUUGACAGAAAGGGCAGAGAAGUGAGACGCAGCGAGUUCCCCACAGGAGGAAGUUACACCAGCGCCGUCAGAAAGGGAUGCUUCGAGCUGCAUGGAGCCCGAGUCCUCCAACUGGGCCUGAACAUGUACACUGUGAACCAUCCAGAGGAGACACACACAUCAAAGGCUUCUUCUGUCAAGACAGACGACUCUCCCAACCUGCUGGCCAAAGAGGAGCUGAACCUGCUGGCUCGUCUGAUGGGCAGCAUGAAGGCUGAGAGUGUUCCCAAAACUGAAACCGGUUUCAGGAUCAACCUGUUUACUACAGACCAGGAGGAGGAGGAGGCGGGAGCUUCAGGUGGAGCGGAGGAGUCCUCGUUUGCAGUGAUAAAUAUUCAGGCGAUGCAGGAUGAGCAGGCUGCGUCUGAGCUCGCUCGAAUCGCCGGACAGUUUGCAGAAGGAGACGAGUCGCCUAAAGAUCAGAGCAGCAGCAAAGGAGACGACCUGCUGGCCAUGAUGGACGACCUCUGACCCUGAUGUUUGUUCCUCUGACUUUCAUUUACUGUUUCAACUUUACUGCCUCACUCUUUAUCGCAGUUUUAAAAAAAUCACAGUUACUGUAAACUCCUGUUUAACCUGUAAAAUAUGCAGAUCAUGAAUUAAAUUCUUAUAAUUUAAAUACUAUGAUAAAUAUCCAAUGACUCG